AUGCCCUCUCCCGUAUACCGAAAGAGUCGCCUCGGCCGCGCUAAACACCUCAUCGCAUAUUCAGUUUCCCGUGCGCUCUGCGGUGGGAUUUUCGGGAUUUUCGCCAAUCGGCCGCGCCCCGGUCCUAAAGAAAAACGGCACUUUAGAAAUCCGAACAGCCAGCUACGAACUUCCCUUAGAACAUUCGGACAGACCGAGUUCACUCUAUUGGCUGAGUUGACAGGGAAAAGGCUGAGCGGCCGGCCGAGCAUUAUUGAUGCACGCAUUCAGAGGUAUGCAUGCACUGGCCAGGACAAGACUCGGCGUCCAACAUGCGAUGAAGCACAGCUCAAG